CCACACCACCGCACCACCGUCGCUGUGCUAUUUUUCUUUAAUGGAUAAGAGUUGGAUGUACAAGCCUAGACAAUCUAGGGAAUAUCAAGAAGGAGUUGAUCAAUUUCUCGAGUUUGCUUUUAAUAAUGAGUCAGUUGGUGGGAAGAUAAUGUGUCCUUGCAAGCAUUGUGUUAACUCAUUAUGGCAAACAAGGGAUGAAGCUAAAGUGCAUUUAAUUUGUGAUGGGUUUUUAAGAGGAUACACUCAAUGGGUUUGUCAUGGUGAAUUUUCUUCUAUUAAUGAUAUUGCAUCAUCUUCUUCAACCCAUAUUCUUGAAACUUCACAAGUACAAGAGGCUAUUCGUGCAAACUUUAGAGGUUUUGAUAAUAUGGAAGCUUUGUUGCAUGAUACAAUGGGUAUGAUUGGUCAAUUAGGUGGUCAAGAAUUAAAUUUUCAGAUGUUUAGAAACACUUCUGAUGCUCAAGAUGAUGGUGAUGAUAAUUGCCAGGAUUCAGAUGAAGACAUAGAAGAACUAGCAGAAGGAAUAUCUGUAGAACAAUUCGGAGAUGGAUGUCUUUGA